CCAGAAGAGAAAAAGGUGCAGGACGACGCUGUUUGUCAGAGGGAACGGGGAGAACAGGCUACAUUGUGGUAUCAAUGGCGACAAAUGCUGGCAGAUGUGGAUGUUGAUGUUCCCAUACCAAAGGGAACGAGAGGGAAGUUUGUGAAGGUGGUGGUUGAGAAGCAGAGAAUUAGU